AUGGAAUACGGAUUGUGUCUCUUGUUUCACGACCAUAUGAACAGCACAUCAGUUGAUCACACUACCGUUUCCCAAGAUGCAGCGGGGAUUCACCAACUUCUAAUCAAGCAAAUGUCAUACGUGGAAAACAGCUUACAACUCCUUACAGAUGAAGUCUCAAGUCUUAAAAGAAAUCGGUCAAAAGCUGACACGGAAAUUUCCAACUUAAAGCGGAGACUUGAAUCCACUGAACAACAUAAUCAAGAUUUAAAGCAAAAACUUCAAACUUCUGAACAACAGAUUACAGACUUGUCACUGAAAUUGUUGUCACUAGAAGACAUGUGUAAUCGGACAGAUAACUUAAGUCAAAACUGGAACCUUCAAGAAGAGAAACUUAAGAAAAUCGAAAGUGAUGUAAGCAGCACAGUGUCAUUAACAAGAACUUUAGCUGUCAAUAGUGAAAAGAAUAGAAACAGAACAUCGAUAACAGAAAACAACGUGUCUAUUCUAAAAAAUGAACUUAGAAAUGUUCAUUUACACCUAGUGAAAGCAAGCAAUAUUACAAAUCCCAUUGGAUUUACUGCUGGGUCAACAAUUAGCAAUUCUUUUUCUGGUUCAACUCUGCUCUUUAACAAACUGAUCUACAGCAUUGGUGGUGGUUAUGAUACUUCUACAGGUGUUUUCACUUCACCUGUGACAGGUGAUUUUGUUUUUUAUGUUGUGGCGGUCUCAGAUUCCAUCACUGAUCUGUUUCUGGACAUUGUGUUAAACGGUGCUGCAAAAGUGAGAACAUACUCUUGGACUCCAACAUCACCACAUAUCGUUCAAACAGGAACAAAUGUAGCUGUUCUACAUCUUCAGACUGGAGAUAAGGUUUGGAUAAAGAAUCAUAAUGGUGGAGGAUACCGCGCAGAUAGAGGUGUACCUAUUGUUACCUUUAGUGGCUUUCGAUUAUAA